CUUCUUUAUUUAUUAAUCAUCAAUAUUUUUAAUUAUUCUAUAUAUUUGUAUUAUUUUCUCUCUCAGUAAUUGGUAUUUAUCAGAAUUCAACAAAUCACAGCUCUAUUUCUAUCGAAUUUCAUCUCUUGUAGAAGACGAUCUUUUCAAUUUCUAUCCUUUGGUUAUCGUUCUUGAGAGUUUGUACUUUGUUAUGUCGAUUGCGUUAGAGAGUAGUCGAGGAAUGAGAGAGAUCGGACCUUCGGGAUACGCGCGUGGAGGAAUCGCGUGUGUCGCCACGGCUGCGAUCUUCGAGUCUCCGACGGAGACAAGAGUGGUAGAUGCGGAGGAGGAGAGGGCGGAAGUUAAUGAAUGCAGCUCAUCCGCUGCGUCUUCGACGACUUCGUCGAUCGGUAAGGAUAGCGAUCUAUCAGGGAGAGAAUCGUCAGAUGGUGAAAAUUGUGAGGAAGAAAAUGAAGUGCAAAGUGCGUAUAAGGGAACUCUUGACGCUAUGGAUGCUUUGGAGGAGGCUUUGCCUAUGAGGCGAGGAAUAUCAAAAUUUUAUGAUGGCAAAUCAAAGUCUUUCACAAGUUUGGCUGAGGCAUCAUCUUCUUGCUCCAUUAAAGAUAUAACAAAACCAGAAAAUGCAUAUACCAGGAGACGGAGAAAUCUACUUGCUUUCAGUCAUGUCUGGGAAAAGAAUAGAAGUUUCCCUUAUCGAAAUAAUGGGGGUGGGAUAUCAAAAAGACCAAUUAGCUCAAGCAAAAGCACAUUGGCUCUAGCAGUUGCCAUGAGCAGCUCUGAGAGUAUUAGUAGCACGAGUGAGGAUUCAACUUCUAGCUCAAAUUCAAAGUCUCCUCCACAUCUUCCACCUCUGCACCCACAAUCGAGGACUUCUCAUAAUAAUUUAGCGUCACUACCAUCUCCGAAGCAAAAUUUUUCUCCCUGGCGAUCAUUCUCGGUGGCUGAUUUACAAUAUUGUUCCACUACUACACCUUCAAGCUUUGGCAAAACCGACCACUGACCUAACAUUUUCUUGUACCUUAUCCAAAAUAUUGUGGCAUUGUCAUGGGCUAUUAAAUGGAAGGCGUUUUUUUCUUUUUUUCUGUUUCAGUUCAGUUAAGAGUUUCCAUUUUAGUUGCCCCUUUGUAUGCUUCAUGUUUGUUUAUUUUUUAUUUUUAACUAUAAUGAGAAUGUUAAUAUAGGGGAUUUCGAUCCUCACACGUCACUUUGGUCAAGUAACUGUAGUGGCUUGGGAGUUUUUAACAUCGUAGAAAGCUAAGCAGCAAGGCUGAUCUGUAAUCAGCUGGUCGGCAAGUGUGGUUGAGUGGGUUGGUAGUGCCCUUACUUGACAGAGGGUGACCUUUACUUAUCUGAAUGCUUUUGGCACAUCCAUUUUCGUGGCUUUCUGAGGAAGCCGCAAACUAGGUUCAGAGGUUGAUAGUGACAUAUCGCAUGUAUUGCCUUGUAAAGAUGCUCUACAGUUUUUGUUUAAUCUAAAUUAAAUUUAUA